UUCCAGCAUCAAGAGAGAGAGAGAGAUAGAGAGAGAGAGAGACACCAUGGCUACCUCCAGAAUGUUUCUGGUUCUGCUCUCUAUGGCUCUGCUGGCUCUGACCUCAGCUCAGAGGGCUGAUGAAGAUGAUGAAAAUUCUCUUCAAGAGAGAGAAUCUCUUGAGGGGGGAGACUUCCAUGAAUCAGUUGGUAAUUUCCGUUCAGGAAUACAAGAAUUGAAGAGCCAAUUUGAAGAACAAGUAGGUCAGAUUGGCAAGUCGGCUAAGAAUGUCCUCAAAAGAGGGAAAGAGAAGCUCAACAAAGGGAAAGGCCGAGGUGGUAAUCAAGGCUCUGAUGGUGACAGCUUGAGAGGUCAGGAACGUCAGGGUAGAAGUCAACAAGGAAGAGGUGGUCAAGGAAGUCGUGGCCAGAAAGGCGGAAAAGGCCAGAAUGCAAAAGGUGGCCAGAAAACACGUUCUGGAAAAGGUGGCAAGAGAAACCAGAAAGAGAAUGUUGAAGAACUUUCAGAAGAGUAAAACACUUGCCCCUUCCUUUCCUCAAGUUCAAAGCAUCAAUAAAAUCAUCAGCAUGAA